CUCUCAGUCAUCAAAAUGGGGAAAAGACAGCAUCAGAAGGAUAAAAUGUAUCUGACCUCCACUGAGUGGUCAACAUUAUACGGUGGGUAUAAGGCCUCCUCCCACUCAGGAUCAAAAGCAGACUUCCGAAGACUUCCCCUCACAUGUGCGGUCUCUUUAUUGCCAUUCAGUCAUCCAUACAUUGAUCCAGAGGGAAAUGUUUAUGAUCUUGAAGCUAUUCUUCCAUUUUUGCACAAGUUCAAGGUGAAUCCUGUUACUGGCAAGCCUCUAAGUGAAAAACAAUUGAUAAAGUUAACUUUUCACCGUGCCAGCACAGGAGAGUAUCAUUGUCCUGUGUUGUACAAACCUCUCACCAACACUUCUCAUGUUGUUGCUCUCAAAACUACUGGCAAUGUUUUUUCAUAUGAGGCAGUGGAGCAGUUGAAUAUUAAGGUGAACAACUGGAGAGAUUUCUUAUGAAAAGGGAAAUUCACCCGGCAGAUUUUCAUCAAGGCCCCACAAGACCUAGAAAGUAAAACAUCAGGAUUUCAUCACACAGAAAAAAACCUUAAAGGUAAGAACAAAGAGACUGUUCAAGCUCGCUCAGAUGCAUCAAUGCGCUUAAAGAAUGUAUCACAGGACACCAAGCAGAUUUUGGAGGAAUUUAACCAAACAUAUAAGGAGACAGACAAGAAAGAAGAGACUGAAGAACGAGUUGCAGAUAAAUUUAAUGCAGCACACUACUCGACAGGGAAAGUAUCUGCUAGCUUUACAUCAACUUCCGUUGAUGUGGAGACCAAACAUGAAGCUGCAGUACUGGAAGAUGAUGUUGUAAGGUAUCAACGAGUGAAGAAAAAAGGAUAUGUGUCAUUGAAAACUAAUCUUGGCGUACUGAACUUGGAAAUAUACUGUGACAUUCUGCCGAAAACAUCAGAGAACUUCAUAAGACACUGUGACCGUGGAUACUAUAAUGGCACCAAGUUUCAUCGCUCCAUUCGUCACUUUAUGAUACAAGGGGGAGAUCCUGAAGGCACUGGUAAAGGUGGAGAGUCUAUAUGGGGAAAGGCCUUUAAGGAUGAGUUUCGCCCUAACCUGUCUCAUAAGGGACGAGGAGUUCUAUCAAUGGCUAACUCAGGACCUAAUACCAACAAAAGUCAAUUUUUUAUUACUUGUUCGUGCACUAAACCUUUGGAUGGCAACACAAUAUUUGGACGUGUUGAAAGGGGUUUAGCAACACUCUGCCAGGGAAACCCCAUUGAAACUGACCCUUUAAAGGGUACUCCUUUUGAAGAUAUCCUAAUUGAAAAGGUUCAAAUUUUUUUGGAUCCAUUCAAGGAAGCUGAUGAGCAGCUUGCAGAAGAAAGAAGACUGGAACUUGAAAAACGAAAAGUUGAAGAUGAUGAGCUGAAAAAUCGAAAACGUUCAAAGCCUAAAGAUGAUCAUCUAAAAGUUUUUCGCUCUGGAGUAGGAAAAUUCUUAGAUCUAUCUGUCGCAUCCGUGUCGAAAGAGGAGGCCCAGGUAGGAGCAAGUCAGCAGAAGAAGAAGAGGGACACUACCUAUGGAUUCAAGGAUUUUAGUAUUUUUUGAAAUAGAGGUCAGUAUCAGUGUUAUUUUGGGCAAAGACUACUGGUAAGCUCUAUGAGAGAAUACUUGUUAUGUAGUAAAAAUAAAUAUUUGUACAUCU